AUGGCCAAAUAUGGCGGCUGUUUAACCCUGCGUAUACUUCCGUUUCUGAUGCUUUUCGGGAUAUAUUUUCAGCGGAUUCAAGGAAAUGUACCCCUGGAUUGCAAACUUACGAGGAAAGGCCGUGAGUACGUGGGAUAUAAAAGUACUACGGUCUCUGGUCGAACGUGUCAAAGAUGGGACAAACAAGUGCCCCACAGGCAUUAUGUUGUUGGCCAUGCGAUGCCGGAAAUGAGUCUGACCACAGCAGAGAACUACUGUCGUAACCCAGGUUACGGGAGAGCUGAUCCCUGGUGCUAUACGGUCGAUCCGCAGGUUGUUUGGGAGUACUGUCUCGUACCCUACUGCGAGGAAAAGAUUCUUAAUGAGAGUCUACCCGAUGCAAAGUGUGUAGCCACAAAAGGCAAGUGUGGAGAUAGCAGAUGUUGUGUUUAUGAUGACUACGUCACUAAUUUCUGUGAUGGUGACGGAAGCAGAGUGUGCUGUCUCGGAGAAUUCAACUGCAUGUGGGACAAGGACAUGUAUCCGUCUCCCUCCAACGACUGUCUCUCCGACCCCGCGGGGAAGCUGUACCGAGGUCGACAGUUCCGGACUGUGGAUGGGCACCAGUGUCAGCGAUGGGAUGCCCAGUAUCCGAACAGACAUGAUACAAAUGGAGUAGGAAGUUCUGAUCACAACUACUGUCGCAACAAGUACCUGUUUGGUGAGGAGGAUGACAGGUCCGCUCCGUGGUGCUUCACUGUGGGUAACGGCACAGAGUGGCAGCUCUGUAACACACCAAUAUGUGUUGGAGUGACGGCCGAGUCUUACUUUGAGCCCACCCCACAGACUGACGACAGGCUCUGCGGCCUUGCCGGCGGGACGUGUGGACCCAUUCAGUGCUGUGCGAACGGUCAUUACUCUAACCAUCUUUGUGCUGGUCCCGAGAACAGAAAAUGUUGUCUUUCUUGGUUUGAUUGCGAGUGGACUGAGAAAAAGAAAGGUGCGAUUCCUCUCGUGUGGCCGACAGGCUCUUAUGCCAUUCCAAUGUCCGUAUACUCAUGCCCAGACUGGGCCCGGAAGGUCUGGGAGACUGGUAGCGCCACCUUAUCCUCUGAUGAACACACUUUCAAUUGGCCUAGUGAAUUCCAGUUGAAAGGUCCUUACACAACGAGCAACAUUGAUUUAAAUGUCUGCGUGUCCGUGACGUCACCGGAUUCUUCCAGUGUGGUGGACACUGGCGUCGAGGUCAAAGCAGUAGAUUGGCCGAAAGGAGCCUAUUGUAUCUUGAGCCUAAACCAAACGUGCCCUGGUGGAUUCACCUUUAAAUCUAUGGAGUUGCCAUUCUCCAUCACUAAGGUGAUCGGUUAUGCAACCUAUGUUUUGGAGAAUAGCACGAACUCGGCUUUACUAGGUAUAUGUUGCCGGAAUGAUGGUGACAUCACCAAAGAUGUGAUACUGCCGCCAUAUUACAGUUUUUACUUAUUAUAUAUGACAGCCAGCUGUCAGAAAGUAGUUAACAUGACGGCGAAAUCACAAGUGCUUCGCAUCAGUACCAAUGGCACAGUCGAUGAGAAUUCUAUCUACUUUUGCUUCUAUGAGCCUAUCCCGGUCGACACUUGCUACAAAGAAUUAGACUCGGGUUGGGACUACCGCGGGGGCAUCAACGUCACCCACAAGGGCCCCUGUCAACCCUGGAGUACCUUCAGGUCUUUCGAGUGGAGCCUGUUCAUCGACUACGCCGGGAUCGCCGCCGACACCAACAACUGCCGAUGGGCGUACUUCAGCCUGGAACCAAUACCUUGGUGCUUUGCAAACAACUACAGGAUACAGUGUGGUGUUCCAAAAUGCGCUGGCAAUGACUACGAGAGAUACUCUAAUGUGGCCUUAAACAAACCCGCCACACAGAUGGACGGAAACGCGGAAAGUGCCCAGCAGGCCGUGGAUGAUCAUUUUGGCAAAAAAGUUAGUUGCACGAACCGGAUUGAUGCACAUAAACCUUGGUGGCAGGUCGACUUGAGAGAUAUCCACGAGGUUCACGCCGUACAGAUUACACGUGAGGACACCGCUUGCCCAUUGCGGCUAUUCGACAUCCACGUCAGCAUGUACCCAGACGACUUCCUAAAAGAGAGCGGCGCCUUUCUCUGUCGCCGGAACUUCAGUGCGGGCACAGCGUACACGAUCGUGGCCGAAUGCUCUCAGCCUGUCAGAGGCCAGUAUGUCACAAUUGUGAACCUCGCCCACGUGGAGACUGAUAUUCGAGUAGAUUUCAAGGUCGAGGCAUGUUUCCAGAUCUGUGACGUCAAGGUUUUUGCCAAAGCGACGCACUGCAGUCUCUCCUUAACUACUGCUUCUGGUGCGGCACUUCCGGUCAAGCACUACCAAGUAUCUUCAUCAGUUUUGGGGUUUGGUAUGAAAUACGCAGGACUGUUUAGCAAGAAUAGUUGGUGUGCGAAAACCGAUGACCAGAGGUCGAAAUAUAUACAGAUUGACCUUGAAACCACAAGGAAGAUCACCGGGCUGGUCACACAGGGAAACAAUGGCGACAAGGACGCCACGACAAGGACAUUCACAGUUCAAUAUUCCAUUAAGUCGAAUGCAAGUUUUGUUGACUACGAACAGCUGCCAGGAAAGGUUGAGGUGAGAGAGGAGUUUCCCCUGUCUGUAAAAAAAGGUUCUUUAAAAAAAAUGUCGAGUGUUACAUGA